AGAAGGGAAGAGGAGGGGGGAAAUAGGAGGAGGGAGCCCUCUGGGCAGUAAAAUGGCGCCUGUCAGAGUGGGAAAACCAGCUGCAGAGGCUGCAGCCCCGCUCCUCAGCGGCUAGGAGACCCCUGGCCUCGGGGAGGGGGAGGCCGCCUCGGCCCAGCGCUCCGCGCCCUCCGGCUCCCCCUCCCCUUCCCUGCUCCCGGGCUCCGCUAGCUCGUUCUCUGCCGUCGCGGCCUUUCGCGCUCUGCUGGCCCCCACCCGCCCCUUUCCCGAGGGCAGCCCCCUAGCGCGCCUGCGCAGCGGGCCACCCUCCACUUCCCCCUCCUCCCCUCCCCCUCCCACCCUUGCCCCCUCCCCCACAGCCCCCUCCCCCCAUUUCUCUAUACCCCUUCCCUCCUGGUCUCCGUGGACCCCAUCCUAGCCUGACCUGUCUCUGCCAGAAACCUCCGAGAAGGCGUCUUUGCCACUCCCCGUCCAUGUGGGCCCCCGCGGGCUGCCCACGCCUGUCCCCCAGCUCCCGAUUCCGCUGGGCUUUUCCCUCGCCGGGGGUGGCUCCGUGAGCCGCCCGCUUGGUGCCAAUCGCUGCAGCCUCUCCUGCCACUCGGGGCCCCCGUUCCCCCUCCCGGAGGCGGGGGGCUGCCCCCGGGGGGCUGGCGGAGCUGGGCCGCGGGGGCCCCGGGGCCGGCGGUGCCGGGGUCAUCGGGAUGAUGCGGACGCAGUGUCUGCUGGGGCUGCGCACGUUCGUGGCCUUCGCCGCCAAGCUCUGGAGCUUCUUCAUUUAUCUUCUACGGAGGCAGAUCCGCACGGUAAUUCAGUACCAAACUGUUCGAUAUGAUAUCCUUCCCUUAUCUCCUGUGUCCCGGAAUAGGCUAGCCCAGGUGAAGAGGAAGAUACUGGUGCUGGAUCUGGAUGAGACACUUAUUCACUCUCAUCAUGAUGGGGUCCUGAGACCUACAGUGCGGCCUGGAACACCGCCUGACUUCAUCCUCAAGGUGGUAAUUGACAAACAUCCUGUCCGGUUUUUUGUACAUAAGAGACCUCAUGUGGAUUUCUUCUUAGAAGUGGUAAGCCAGUGGUAUGAGCUGGUGGUGUUUACAGCAAGCAUGGAGAUUUACGGCUCUGCAGUGGCAGACAAACUGGACAACAGCAGAAGCAUUCUCAAGAGGAGAUACUAUAGACAGCACUGCACUUUGGAGUUGGGCAGCUACAUCAAGGACCUCUCUGUAGUCCACAGUGACCUCUCCAGCAUUGUGAUCCUAGAUAACUCCCCAGGGGCUUAUAGGAGCCAUCCAGACAAUGCUAUCCCCAUCAAAUCCUGGUUCAGUGACCCGAGUGACACAGCCCUUCUUAACCUACUCCCAAUGCUGGAUGCCCUCAGGUUCACCGCUGAUGUCCGUUCCGUGCUGAGCAGAAACCUUCACCAACAUAGGCUCUGGUGACAGCUGCUACCCCUCCACCUGCAUUGGGGUGGGGGGGAAAGGGAGGGCCAGCCCUCGGGAUGCCUUCAGUUGCUCUGUCCAAUGUGAGGACUGCCUGGGCAGGGUCUACCCCUCCCAUCCCUCUCUGCCCUGGGAGCCCUACACUCCACUUGGAGUCUGGAUGGACACAUGGGCCAGACUGUGAAGCAGCCUCACUCUAACUUCGUGUUCACACUCCAUGGAAAUCCCAGACUGGGACAGGUGGAAGCCUUGGAGAGCUGAAACAGUGUCUGUUGGAGAGGCAGGACUGGCCAGAGUGAGAGACAUACAUACAGUGAUCCUGGAGGCUCAAAGAGAAGCCAAGUCAGCUUUGUUGUGAUUUGAUUUUUUAAAAAUUCUUGUACAAAACUGAUCUAAUUCUUCACUCCUGCUCCAAGGGCUAUGGGUGGGAGAUUGGGAUUUUGGGCCACUGGAUCUUCCCCAAACUUGUCCUUCCUUCAGUUUUUCUUCCUCUAGAGUCCCCAAUACUUGUAACCACCUUUCUCUUUUUUUUCCCCCUUUCCUCUCUUUUAAACCAUGCAUUAUAACUUUGAAACCAAAUCUGCCCUAGGUCCUUCUCUGGGUGUUUGGGAAAUGGAGGAAACUUUGUUCAUAUCCCACCCUGUACCUGAGGCAGAGGGGAAAGACUGCUCUUGGGUUAAAGGGGAAAGUGUUUUUCUUUUUGUUGUUUUUUAGGAUGUUUUAGUAAGGACGUAAGUGACCAGAUGCCGUGGUGGGCAACAGAAGGACAGCUUCAGAGUAGCUGGAUAUAGAGGAAAAACCUGAACCCCUAACGGGGUUUAAAAAAAAAAAAAGGCGGGGUUUUGCGUGGGGGGAGGGGCUGACAGGAAUAUGCUAAGCAGGCACCGCCCUCUGGCUGCUGGCACCUAGGCUCCCGGCAGCUCCCAGUGGGGUUGCGGCCUGGGUGCUCUCGCCAGGGCCCCGCCUUCCCGGCGACUCCUCCCAGAGCCGGCUCUACUACUCACUAGCCACGUGAUGCUCCUCCUCCGAGGUCACAUGAUUCUCGAUGCAACCCUGAAGUGUUCCUCCGCGCUGGCAUGACCCUUACUUUUAGAUCUCUUCUGCAGUUCCUAUUGGACCACUCAUUCUGAAUCCUAAGUGUUCUGUGCGUCUUUCGAAACCCCUGUUGCCUUCCUACAUUGUUAUUUCUGGAUCUCAUCUCCUUUUGGGAACUAUUUUGUUUUGGUGUCAACGGCCGCCUUCGGCGUAACAACAUGUUUCGUGAAUAGCC